ACUACAGUAUGAGAAACACAUGAAGUGUUGGUGUUUGUAGUUCAGUAAAAGCAGAGUGCUUUAGUACUUAAUGAAACUAAACAAAUUAAGAAUUUGGACGGCGCUAUUUGAUAUCCAGUGUUAUUUUUCUCUCCUGCGGGAGAGAUCUUUAUCGGGCGGUUUCGUGUUGAGAUGUCCCUGUUUCUGGUCAACAGGUAUCUAGGAGAGGAAGAAGAUGGGAGAACUUCGAAGGAGUCUCGGUCUCAGGUGUUACUGGCUAAACUGCAGCAGAAAGCAAAAGAGAGGCAGAAGCAGAGUCUGAUAGAACAGACAGAAGCACAGGAUGUUAAAAAGAAAAGAAAAACUGGCCAAGACAGCGUUCAAGAGCCUCAACGCCACAAAAAGAGGAAAUCAGAUGUUGUAGCUUUGCACAGUUCAGACUCUGAUAACCACGAUGAGCCUGUUGAAGAGAAAAAGAAGAAAACGAAAGGUGCAAAUGAGAAACAAAAGAAGAAGAAAGAUAAAUCAGGCAGUUCAGCUGAAGGUGUUUCAGGCGCUCUUGUGAGCGGAGGAGAUGGACCAGAGGACACAGGAGGACAAGAGGAGGCAGAGAAGGACUCUCCAGAACAAAACUCACAGAAGACUUCUGCUCCAACUGGAUUCACAGUUCUGGGGGGGUUUGAGAGCAAGCCUGUCCAAAAGGUCCACAGAGUACUACCUCAGUGGCUUGCAGAGCCUGAUGUGAUUCACAGAGACAUUAAGAACAACCUUGUUCCCAUCAGUAACAUCUCAGGAAUUUCAGCUCAGCUUCUGAAAAAACUACAGAAUAAUGGAAUUCUACAUUUUUUUCCAGUGCAAGCGGAGGUCAUCCCCGCCAUCUUGGAGAGCGCACAGCAGGGCCUGCUGAUUGGACGAGGUGGCUACAAGCCCAGAGACAUCUGUGUGUCUGCACCAACAGGAAGUGGCAAGACACUUUCAUUUGUCAUCCCUGUCAUACAGGUGCUGAUGGAGCGUGUGGUGUGUGAAGUCCGGGCUUUAGCCGUGUUGCCGACCAAAGAGCUCGCCCAGCAGGUUUACAAAGUGUUCACAUCAUAUGCUGAGGGAACCACUGUCAAAGUGGUGAUGCUGGCUGGUCAGAAGUCCUUCGCUGCGGAGCAGGCCUCACUCUCAGAGCACAGAGGGGGCGUGAGACGCAGCCUAGCAGACAUCGUUGUGGCCACUCCAGGUCGACUGGUAGAUCACAUCAACAAGAACUCAGGGUUAUGUCUGGAACAGCUCAGGUUUCUUAUCAUUGACGAAGCCGACAGGAUGAUUGACAGCAUGCACCAGUCGUGGCUCAGUCAGGUGGUAAAGGUGGUGUACCGAUCAGGAAGUGGAUCAGAAACCACGUCCAUCUUCAGGAGGACAGAGCCAGCUCAUAUCACAGCAGCCAGUCUUUCUCCACCUCAGGUGCCGCUGCAGAAGCUCCUGUUUUCUGCAACACUCACACAGAACCCUGAGAAGCUGCAGCAGCUCGGCCUCCACCAGCCCCGACUCUUCAGCUCCGUCCACAGUCAGUCCAGCACCACAGCAGCGGCCCCCACCACGAAACAAGACCGCUUCGACUUCCCCCAAGGCCUGACGGAAUAUUAUGUGCCCUGCACGUUGAGCAAUAAGCCCCUCCUCAUCCUCCACUUCAUCCUACGUAUGAAGCUCAGCCCUGUCCUCUGCUUCACCAACUCCAGAGAGAAUGCUCACAGACUUUACCUGCUGCUGGAGCUCUUUGGUGGAAUUCAGGUUGCAGAGUUCUCUUCCCGACUUUCUCCCGGUGAGAGGAAGAAGACGCUGAAGGGCUUUGAACAGGGAAAGAUCCAACUGCUGAUCAGCACAGACGCAGCUGCCCGGGGAAUCGACAUCAACGGGGUCAAAUGUGUUGUCAACUAUGAUGCACCACAGUACAUCAGGACGUACAUUCACAGGGUUGGAAGAACAGCCAGAGCAGGAAAAGCAGGCCUGGCCUUCACCUUCCUGCUGAGCGUGCAGGAGAAAAACUUUCUUCAGAUGGUGGUGGAGGCAGGAAGCCCCGGGAUUCAAAAGCAGAUGGUUAAACCAGAGAACCUGAAGAGUUUGGAAGUCCGGUAUGAACAAACACUGCGGGAGCUGGCUGAUGUGAUCAAGGAAGAAAAAAACAAAUAAUGAAGCGACGCUGACAUUCUCGUCUCAUCUGACAAACGUCAUAUUGCUCUUUUUCAGCUGGAUUUGGAAUUUAAAUUUUGAAUUGUUUAAUAAAACACAAAAUGUCUGCGUGCACGUGUUAUUUGGCUGCUCUUCCUAUCAGUCUGACUAGAAAACAAGAUGUGUGUAAAUUAAAGAAGAUCUUUGCCAUCACAAAAGGAAACAAUGUUGUAAUUACUGCCUGUUUCAUUUCGAUCAGUUUCCAUCAUUGAUAAUAAAUGAUUUUUAUUAGA